AUGGAUCACGAGAAGAUACAGUUGGAUGUUCCAAAGAAGGAAACGUCCGCUGCAUCCGUCACUGGAUCGGUCGAAACGAUUCUCGAGCCCAUUGGCACCAAGGGCAGCUUUGGUGAAGCUGACGGCAAUGCAGUAGAUGUCGAUGCUGCCAAAACCGAAUAUGAAGAGCUUAAGCGUGAAUUAUCUCGUAUUAGCCGACAGGCCACUAGCACUGAUGGUCAAGUCGAAGCUGGUGCUGUUGAAGAAUUCAACCUCGAUCAAUUCCUUAACGGCAUGAUGCAAGACUCCCAAAACGCAGGCCAAAAGCCCAAGCACUUGGGUGUAAUCUGGAAGGAUUUGACAAUUGAGGGUCUUGGUGCUGAUGCUCAUACCAUCCCUACUGUCAUCAGUGGUAUCCUCAAUGUCCUUCAAUUCUGGAAGUUUUUGGGUAUUGGUGUCAAGUCUACCACAAAGACCAUCUUGCAAGGCCUUAAUGGUUGUGUGCGUGAUGGUGAAAUGUUGCUUGUUCUUGGUCGCCCUGGAGCUGGUUGUACAUCCUUUUUGAAGUUGAUGUCCAAUCAAAGAGCAUCCUACACUCGUAUUGGUGGUGAAGUCAGCUAUGGUGGCAUUGAUCACAAGACUUUUGCAAAGCACUAUCGGGGUCAAGUUGUUUACAACGCCGAAGAAGAUCAACAUUAUCCCACUCUUACCACUCGCCAAACUCUGCAAUUCGCCCUUCGUUGUAAGACUCCUGGUGCACGUCUUCCUAAUGAGACCAAGAACGACUUUGUUGAGAAGAUCAUUUACUUGCUUGGCAACAUGCUCGGCCUUACCAAGCAAAUGCCCACUCUUGUUGGUAACGCAUUUGUCCGUGGUCUCUCUGGUGGAGAGAGAAAACGCCUGUCCAUUGCAGAAGUUAUGACGACACAAAGCUCUAUAAACUGCUGGGAUUGCUCCACUCGUGGUCUUGACGCUGCCUCUGCCCUCGAUUACGUUCGUUCGUUGCGUAUCAUGACCGACGUUUUCAAGAAGACAACCUUUGCCACCUUGUACCAAGCAUCCAACAGCAUCUACGACUUGUUUGACAAGAUCUUGUUGCUUGACGAAGGUCAUCUUAUCUUUUUUGGACGUGCCGAAGAGGCCAAGCCUUACUUUGAGAACCUUGGUUUCUAUUGUCCUCCUCGCAAGUCGACUCCUGAUUUCUUGACUGGUCUUUGUAAUCCUUUGGAACGUGAGAUCAAGCCUGGUUUCGAGAACACUGUGCCCAAGCAUGCUUCCGAAUUUGAGCAAGUCUACUACAAAUCCGAUGUCUACAAGCGUAUGAUGGAAGAUCUUCACGACUUUGAGGCUCAAGUCAACAAUGAAAAGCCAUCCGAAUUGUUCAUGGAAGCUGUUCGUGAAGAACAUCAAAAGCGUGCUCCCAACAGCGCUCCCUACACCUCAAGCUUCUUCCAACAAGUCCGUGCCCUCACUAUCCGCCAAUAUCAUCUUUUGAUCAAGGAUUAUCCCGCUCUUAUCUCUCGUUAUGGUACAAUUCUCAUUCAAGGUCUUAUUACCGCUUCUUGUUUCUACAACAUCCCUCUCACUGGUACCGGUGCCUUUUCGCGUGGUGGUGCCAUUUUCUUUUCGGUUCUUUUCAAUGCUUUCAUCUCUCAAUCUGAAUUGGUCAACUUUAUGAUGGGUCGUCCCGUUCUUGAAAAGCAAAAGCAUUUUGCCAUGUUCAGACCAUCCGCUUUCUACGUCGCUCAAGUCAUCAUGGAUAUUCCCUAUGCCAUUGUUCAAGUCUUGCUCUUUGAGAUUUGCGCCUAUUUCAUGAUGGGUCUUAAGCUUGAAGCUGGUGCAUUCUUUACGUUCUUUGUUACCUUGUUCUUCGUCAACAUGAUGAUGAACGGUUGCUUCCGUAUGUUUGGUGCCGUUACUUCAAGUUUCUUCUUUGCCACUCAAUUCUCUGGUGUCAUUCUUAUUGCCCUUGUUACAUACACUGGUUACAUCAUCCCCUAUCCUUCCAUGCAUCCUUGGCUCUUCUGGAUUUACUGGAUGAACCCCUUGGCAUAUGGUUACAAGAAUCUUUUGAUCAACGAAAUGAAGGGUCAAGUGUAUUCUUGCGAAGGUCCUGGCAAUGCUGUUCCAUAUGGUCCUGGCUAUGAUGAUUGGAACCACAAGGUGUGCACUAUGACUGGUGGUGUCCCAGGCCAAAACUUUGUCCUUGGUGAUGAAUAUCUCAAGCAACAGCUUAGCUAUGAGCCAUCCCAAAUGUGGGCUCCUGAUUUCAUUGUGGUCGUCGCCUACUUUUUGCUUUUCACUGCCGUCUGUGCUCUUGCCAUGGAAUUCUUGCACCCUGAAAAGGGCGGUACUUUGAUCAAGGUUUAUGCUCCUGGCAAGGCUCCCAAGCCCCGUACUGAUGCUGAAGAAGAUGAACGUCGCCGCCGCCAAGCUGAGAUCACCUCCAAGAUGGAUUCUAUCUCUACUGGUACCACAUUCUCCUGGCAACAUGUGAACUAUACGGUGCCUUUCAAGGGUGGCCCUCUUCACUUGCUUAAUGAUAUUUCUGGUAUUGUCAAGCCUGGCCAUUUGACUGCAUUGAUGGGUUCUUCUGGUGCUGGCAAGACCACGUUAUUGGAUGUACUCGCCAAACGCAAGACCAUUGGCAAGGUUGAAGGAAGAAUUUACUUGAACAAUGAAGCCUUGAUGAGCGAUUUCGAACGUAUCACUGGUUACUGUGAGCAAAUGGAUAUCCACCAGCCCGCUGUCACGGUGCGUGAAGCAAUGCGUUUCUCUGCCUAUUUGCGUCAAGAUGCCGAUGUUCCCAAGGCCGAGAAGGAUGAAUACGUUGAACAAAUCAUUCAAUUGCUCGAGAUGGAGGAUAUUGCCGAUGCUCAAAUUGGUGAUGUCGAUCAUGGUAUUGGUAUCUCUGUUGAAGAACGCAAGCGUCUUACUAUCGGUAUGGAAUUGGUUGCCAAGCCCAAGUUGCUCUUUUUGGAUGAGCCCACUUCUGGUCUUGAUUCCCAAUCCUCUUUCAACAUUGUCCGUUUCAUUCGCAAGCUUGCUGAUGCUGGUUGGCCCGUGUUGUGUACUAUCCAUCAACCUUCGGCUGUUUUGUUUGAACACUUUGAUCACUUGUUGUUGCUUGUGCGUGGUGGUAAGACCGCUUACUAUGGCGAGAUUGGCAAGGAUGCUGCUACUAUGAUCGAUUACUUUGAAUCCAACGGUGGUCCCAAGUGCUCUCCUGAUGCUAACCCUGCCGAGUAUAUCUUGGAAGUCGUUGGUGCUGGUACCGCUGGCAAGGCUACACGUGAUUGGGCUGAGAUUUGGGCAAAGUCUCCUGAGGCUCAAGCCCUCCAAGAAGAACUUGAACAAAUCCAUGGUAGUGCUGAUCAAAACCCUCAACGCAAGUCUCUCAGCUAUGCCACCAAUUACCUUACUCAAUUCAAGCUUGUCUUUAAGCGUAUGACUCUUGCUUAUUGGCGUUCUCCCGAUUACAACAUUGGCCGUUUUGUCACCAUUAUGUGUACCUCGCUUAUCAAUGGUUUCACUUUCUGGAAGAUGUCGACUACUUCAUCCGAUUUACAAAACCGUCUCUUUGUGUUGCUCGGCACUUUUAUCAUGGCAUUCACCCUUAUCAUUUUGGCUCAACCCAAGUUUAUGACCGAACGUCUCUAUUUCCGUCGCGAGUAUGCAUCCCGUUUCUACAGCUGGUUGCCAUUUGCCAUUUCUUCGGUCCUUGUCGAGAUCCCAUACAUCAUCUUUUAUUGUGCAUGCUUCAUGGGUGGUAUCUAUUGGACAGCUGGCUUGAUGAACACUCCCGAAGCUUGUGGUUUCUUCUACAUCAUGUUGGUUGGUUUCGUCUUUUGGGCUGUCACUCUUGGUUUCGUCAUUGCCGCCAUCUCUGAAUCACCCGUCAUGGCCUCUGUUAUCAACCCAUUGAUCAUUUCCAUGCUUAUCUUGUUCGCUGGUAUGAUGCAACCUCCUUCUGCUAUGCCCCGCUUUUGGUCCGCUUGGAUGUAUUGGCUUGAUCCUUUCCAUUACUACAUUGAAGGUUUGGCCACCAACGAAAUGGAGCACAUUACUGUCGAGUGCAGUGACCGUGAUCUCAUCAAGUUCGCUCCCCCCAGCGGUCAAACUUGUGGUCAAUACAUGGCCAAUUACUUGAACAACGGAGGACCCGGUUAUAUUGUUGAUGACAAUGCCACCGACGAAUGCGCCUACUGCAACUACAAGAGCGGUCCUGAAUACUACUCGAUUACUUAUCAAUGGGAUGCUGCCAACAAGUGGCGUGAUCUUGGUAUUAUCUUUGCAUUCUUCGUUUUCAACGUCCUCCUCUUCAUUGGCCUCUGCUGGUGGAAGCGUAAGGGAAGACGUUAA